UCGGUCCCAGCCCCCAGAAAGGCGCUGGGGAUCCCUGUCAAGAGCAGUGGUGAAGAAUCCACCUCGCUGCAGCUGCGGUUUCCCGUUCCCUCCUCCCAGUCCCCGUGCUGUCCCCGCCAGCCGACUCUGGAUCCUGCUCCUGCCUCAAUUGUGGGUGGAGAAAGGCAGCUGGAACGGCUCUUUAGAAAAGAGAAUUACAGUAAAACGUGGGAGGUUCCUCCAAGUCACCUGUGAGCUGCUUCCUCCCAUUUCCAGACCAGGGCUGCCUGGGAGGAACUUUAAAUUGCCGCCCGGCUCAGCCCCGGCCACUGGCUCCGGCAGCAUGAAGGCGAGAGGCUUCGUCUUGCUGGGGCUCCUCGCCCUGUGGGCAGAGCUGCAGGCAGCGCCCGCUGCAGGGCUCCCCGGAGCAGCCCCUGCCAGGCGGCCGCAGCCAGGGCAGCCCGGCAUCGCCCCCCCGGGGAAGAGCCCUUCUCCUGGGGCACAGCCCUGCACCCUGCUCUGCCCGCAGCCCGGGGGGGCCACCCUGGCUGGGAAGCAGCAGUCGGGUGCGGAGCGGGUGGGUGAGGACCAGCGCCUGCCCGGGGCUGAGCCGGUGGCUGCUGCAACGCCCGCACCGGGGAAGAAGCUGGUGACUGGGAGGAAGCCUGCGGCGGGGAGCAAACCCACACUGGCUGGGAAGCCGGACACUGGGAAGAAGCCCAGUUCAGGGAAAAAGCCAGCAUGUGGGGGGAAGACUGAAACUCUGGAAAAGCCAGAAGCUGUAACAAAGCCGGAGGCUGGAGUGAAGCCGGGGACUGGAGGGAAGCUGGAGGCUGGGGAGAAACCUGUGCUGGGGGAGAAGCCAGAGACUGGGGGGAAACUGGAGAGUGAGGGGAAGCCUGAGGAGGGAGAGAAGCCUGAGUCUGGCCAGGGGGACAGUGGGGAGGAUGAUGACCGUGACGAUGAUGAUGAUGAUGACGACGACGAUGAUGAUAAAAAUGAGCAUGGUGAUGGUGAUGACGAUGAUGAUGACGAUGAUGGUGGUGAUGACGAUGAUGAUGGCGACGAUGACGGUGACGACAAUGGUGAUGAUGAUGGUGGUGAUGGUGAUGACGACGACGAUGAUGAUGAUGACGACAGCGACUAUGGAGAUGAUGACGACGAUGGUGACGAUGAUGAUGAUGAUGACAGUGAUGACGAUGGUGGUGGUGACGGCGAUGAUGCUUGGUGA